UAAAAAAACAAAUCAUAAUGGGCUCGUGGACGCGGUGAUGUCCCAAUUAAAAAAAAACUCAAGAAAAUAUCCCUAAUAUACUAUUGUUUGCAGAGAUCUGUGGGAUAAUUUGUGUGCGACUUGCAGAUUCUAAUCCUAAACAUAUAUACAGUAUUAAUGGUCAAUAAAACAAACAAUCAUUAAUAAUCAAGACAAAAUAUCCAGCCAAUGAUUGCUGUACCUAGACUGGACAGUUAUAUUCCAAAUGCUAAAUAAGAAAUUGUAAAUUUUUGCUGUACAUCAAUGUCAUAUCUUUGAGCGCAAAAGGUCAUUUUAUUCUCAAAACUCGUUGGGUCAGUAUUGCUCGAAAAUCUCACGCAUCAUCCAACGUUAUUCAUAUUACUAAAAACUAUAAUUUGGAUACUAAUAUGCCAAAUAAUCUCAGCGGGUCAUGACUUGAUCGCAUCAUUGUCUUCACCUAAUUGACUAAUUACAUCCUUUUAGUUCGAUUUCUGAUAAACAUUGACGUCCAAGCUCAAUUACAAUUUCCCGUAAACUUUAUGUAAGAUUUUAAUGUAAUUUUAAAUUUAUAUUCGAAAUAGUGAAGGCCGUAGCAAACUUGGUGAUUAUGCCAUAUCGUUGUAAGAUGGCGAAACAUCGUGUCAUUUACGAUUAUUUUUUUUAUUUAAUUUGAUAAAAUAUUUUUGAAAAACGACAUCCAAUGACGCAAGUUCAUGGGAAACCUUAAAGUAUAAAAGAAGAGGUUCUACACGACUCAGUCAUAUUUACAAUAUUUUUUAACGACGAUUUCCUGCAACUUGGAAAUAUUAGAAUCAUAAUGCAUUUUUCAUGCGUUUGUGCACUUUCUGCUCUUAUUUAUGUUUUUGGCGUUAACUGUGCGACAGUUAACCUACCCGAUGGCAGAUCUGGUGAAAUCACUGCUACUAGUAAUGGGAAUCAGAAUACACAAAGCGGGGAUGGUAAACCUAAAGUUGUGGCCAGAAGUGGACUCUUUACCUACCAUGGUCUCAGCUCAUUCAUUAAUCAAUUAUCUAGAAAUGGCAACGGUAGAGAUAAAGAAGAUAGAGCACCACCAACAGAAUAUUGUGAACCAAUGUCUGUAUUUCCCGAAGAACAAAAAUGCAGAAAAGGAUCAGUGAAAGACAAAGAUAAGGAUUGUGAUGUCAAAGAAUGCAUCAUGAACCCAACUGUUGGAUACACUGUUCCAUCUUCCUAUUUCGAACUUUUCAACAUACCCCAAUAUUAUAGAUAUAUGUUCAGCAAGCAAAUUGUGAACCCAAAUCCAUUUGGGGGCUUUGGACAGCAAGGACAGUUUGGUGGUAUGCUUCAGAUGCUCUUGUCACAAAUGGGUGGAGGACAAUACGGUUAUCCUGGUCAAACCGGUUAUCCAUCAAUGGGCGGACAAUACGGGUACACAUCAAUGGGGAGCCAAACCGGAUAUCCAGUCACAAACACUCAGACGGGCUAUCCAGUCACAAACACUCAGACGGGCUAUCCAGUGACAAACACUCAGACGGGCUAUCCUGCAACAAACCCCCACACCGGCUAUCCAGUGACAAACACCCAGUCUGGCUAUCCAGUGACAAACACCCAGUCUGGCUAUCCUGUUACCGACACCCAAUCGAGUUAUCCGUAUACAAACACUCAAACUGGUUAUACAACAAACAGUGCUCAAACUGGCCACUACCCAUCCUACGGUUCACAAUAUCAACAAGGCACUAGUAGGCAAUAUUACAACCCAUAUAAUCAAAACUCUUAUUCCCAGUACCCACAAACAAACUAUCAACAAUAUCAAUCGAAUGGCUACAAUUAUCCACAAUCGACAGGAGUUUGGGGACCACAGACAAGAUCUUCAGAAAUCACGGAAGAAGGUAAGAAUGCUGAUAAGAAUGACGAUAAAAAACCAAAGAUCAGAUCAUUUGGCUUUGACACGUAUUCCAUGAUGAACAACUACGGUUACAAUCCCAUGAUGCAAUACCAACAAAAUUAUCCUAUGCAAGGACCAAUCAUCGCCACAAUGUGCAAACGACCAGGACAGGCCUGUCAAUGCAAAACAAGUGAAGACUGUGAAUGCAAAAGCAGACGACCGAAGCUUUGCACUCAAAAAUACACAGACGAAAGACGAUUGUUUCGUGUAUGGGAAUAUGUCACCAUACCUGUCACUCAAACACACACCUACACAGACCAAACACAACAAGCGAAUGAUGGACAGACCUAUGAACAAGAUCCGGCAACAAUGAGAAGCGGAGAUGGAAACGAUCAAACAUUCACUGCACAGUCGCAAACUCACAGUACGACAGACUACCAACAACAACAGCAACCGCAACAACAGCAGCCACAAGGCAGAUAUGAGCUCCAACAAAAGUGGCUUUAUUUCAGAAGACCCAGCGGUUGUGAAUGCGAAACAAUGAAGAAAACCCAAGAAUACAACUUCUUCGGCUAAAUUAAAUAAUUUCAGUGAUCCAUGAUCUCGAACAACGAGAAGUUGCGGGAUAUGCUGGUCAGUUGCGGAUCUGGCUUCACAGACUAUUGAAUGGGAACGAAAAGUUCCAAUUGUGGUAUGAAGCAACUCGACGACGUAUUGGCAAUCGGUUGCCAAUUGACAGUUGGCGUUUUAUCUAAUUUUCGUAUUUCUAUCUGAUGAUAUAUACGUUUUUGAAUCUUUAUUUAUUGGUAUUUGCUUAUUUCUCAACAUCUUUUUUCAAUAAAAAAUAAAAA